UGUGCUCUUCAUUACUUUGAUUUCCAAGUUCCAACUCUCUUCUUUUAGUCUUCCCCUUUCCAAGUCAAUUGGUAGUUCAGUCAUCAGUACAAGAAUUUUACAAGUCUUUGCGUAUUUGUGGAGUUUGAUUUUUGGCAUGAAGUGCUUCAUUUUCUUCUCUCUCUUUUGUUGUUUGAUCAUCAACUUUGCAGAUUCGCAAUGCCAAGAAUCAUUCUGGUGUGGAAAUCUUAGUAGCUCCUUGCAAUUUCCAUACUCCAGGAUGGAACCUGACUGCGGGUUACUCAUGGUUGAUAAAUGUGAGUCUGAAACUCCUAUUAUUCAGCUGGGGGCUGGGGGAAUUUGGUAUGAUUUUCUCGACAGGAUAUCCGAAAACAAAAUAUUAAUCCGCCAUCCCAUUCAUCAAGCACACUUGGGUUCCGCAUGUCUUUUCAAUUUCCCCCGUCUCGGAAAUCUGUUUCUACCUAAAUCUCCUUCUAUUUCAUUUUCAGUCACCCCUAAUUUCACCUUGUUCAUAUGCUACGGUCAACCUGAUAAUGAACAAGUACGAAAUCAUUUCAGAGGCUACUAUAAUAAAAGCUGUGGUGACGUCACCGCGUAUUAUAGAUAUCCGGCAAGUGGUGUUCCUGCUACCAGGGAAAGUAGAAUCCCUCAAGGAUGUCAAUUUUUUCAACUGCCUAUGAACCCUCACAACAACUCCAGUGAACUGCUCGAAAUGUUAAGUACUGAAUUUACCGUAGAGUGGAAUGUGAGUGAAACUUGUUAUGAAUGUCACCAUGGAGGUGGGCAGUGUCUUACCAACGCCUUGAACGAAUUCGAAUGCAGACAACCAGGAAACAGGAAAUUCAAAACAAUUUUACUCAUAGGUGGUGUGAUUUUGACUGUGAUUGGUUCUAUAAUCCUACUCGUUUUCUUGGGUAGGAAGCAUAAAUUAUUCCCGAGAUUCCUGAGACUACAAAAGGCCGAAACAGGGAAUGAAAAGGACAUUGAGCUCUUCUUGAGUAACCACGGCAAUCUUGCACAGAGAAGAUACAAAUACUCAGACCUCAAGAAAAUGACCAGCUCAUUUAGUGAAAACUUAGGGAGAGGAGGAUAUGGUAACGUCUAUAAAGGAAAAUUACCCGACGGCCGUCCAGUAGCAGUGAAAAUCUUGAAUGAAUCGAAAGAAAAUGGAGAAGACUUCAUGAAUGAAGUUGCAAGUAUUAGCAGAACUUCCCAUGUUAACAUCGUCUCUCUUCUUGGAUUCUGCUUUGAGGGUCCUAAAAGAGCCCUUGUUUAUGAGUUUAUGCCGAAUGGCUCUCUUGAAAAGUUCAUUCAAAACAGUUCCUCUUCAUCAGCAGAGUAUCGACUAGGAUGGGAGAAGUUGUUCGAGAUUGCAGUUGGCAUUGCUCGAGGGCUGGAUUACCUACACCAAGGUUGCAACACAAGAAUUCUGCACUUUGACGUAAAGCCUCAUAACAUUCUUCUGGAUAAGGACUUCAAUCCAAAGAUUUCAGAUUUCGGGCUUGCUAAGUUGUGCCCCAACAGAUCAAGUAUAGUAUCAAUGUUCGCCGCAAGAGGCACAAUAGGGUACAUUGCUCCAGAAGUAUUCUGCAGAAACUUUGGAAGAGUUUCUCACAAAUCAGAUGUCUAUAGCUAUGGAAUGAUGGUUCUGGAGAUGGUGGUAGGCAGGCAGAAUCUUGAUCAUCGAGCUGAUUGCUCGAGCGAAAUGUAUUUCCCAGAUUGGAUCUACAAGCACCUGGAAGUGAAUACUAAGAUGGAUCUCGACAAUAUAGAGAAUGAAGAUGAAUCCCACUUUGUUACGAAAAUGGUUAUUGUUGGCUUGUGGUGCAUACAGACCGAGCCCAAAAACAGGCCGUCCAUUAGUAGGGUGGUAGAAAUGCUAGCUGGAAGCAUGGAACCCUUGCAAAUUCCGCCCAGGCCUGGGGAACAUUCACCACGUAGAGCAGCACUUUAUUCGUCUUCAACUUCUGAGCCAUCAAUGUAGCAGCUGCUCGUCCACUAUCAAGGAAGCAGUUUCCCCUAGUGUUUGAUUUAUUUCCAAUUUUCUGAUACUACUAUAAUUGUGUAUGAUUCAAUCACAACAUACGGCAUGCUGCUAUUGCUAUACAAGUCCCGUAGCUUUGCCGAAUAAAAGAUGUAGAAUUUUAACGAUCGAGGAUCUACUGCAUGGUAUGUUAAAAAUACUGCAAGCAAGAUUGUGAAAUCAAUUCCCCAGUCAGAACAAAGGAAUUCAACAAACAUCUGUCGGGUUUUGCAGAUGAUUGGAGAACUAAAAAUUUGAGUCAGUAAAUCUACAUGCAUUUUUGUUCCUCCUGUCUUCUGGAUGCAAUCAUAAAAAACAUAGCUGUUUCCUUCAGAUGGUUGAGCAUAAAUAUUUCUACAGCACAAAAAUGCAUAGUAGCCAUUAUGUUCUCAAUAGAUAUACAAUAAGCACAAUUGAGAAAGCAACUUUCAAAAUCAACUAGUGAAUAUGAUAUUUGUAGGUACAAUAUGAUAAUCGAAACCAUUCAAUCACUGCAAGGCCUAAAAAUUCAAGAUGCAGGAGUAACAGACUGGCUGCAAUAAACUAAAUAACAUUGUC